GUUCUUUGGCACUCCUUUUCUUGCCCUCCCUGUGUCUCCUGCCCCUCUAAAAGUUCUGCUCUCCCUCCUUGCAGACAGCCCCUCGGCUCCAGUCAAUGUCACAGUCAAACACCUCAAAGCCAACUCGGCCGUGGUGACUUGGGAUGUCCUGGAGGACGAAGUUGUCAUCGGAUUUGCCAUUUCCCAACAGAAAAAAGACGUGCGGAUGCUGCGCUUCAUCCAGGAGGUGAACACCACCACCCGCUCCUGCGCCCUCUGGGACCUGGAGGAGGACACCGAGUACAUUGUCCACGUCCAGGCCAUCAGCAUCCAAGGCCAGAGCCCGGCCAGCGAGCCAGUCCUCUUCAAAACCCCCAGGGAAGCKGAGAAAUUGGCCUCUAAAAAUAAAGAUGAGGUGACAAUGAAAGAGAUGGCGAAGAAAAACCAACAGCUGCGAGCUGGGGAAAUCCUCAUCAUCGUUGUGGUGUUGUUCAUGUGGGCAGGGGUGAUCGCCCUGUUCUGCAGACAGUACGAUAUCAUCAAAGAUAACGAGCCCAACAACAGCAAGGAGAAAGCCAAGAGCGCCUCGGAGAACAGCACCCCCGAGCACCAGGGCGGGGGGCUCCUGAGGAGCAAGUUCCCAAAAAACAAGCCCUCAGUGAACAUCAUUGAAGCAUGACAGCCUGACACCUGAGAGAUGGACUCCAUCCCUCACUCUCACUCUCUGCCUCUGAGCCGUGAUGACUGGGGAGGUGAAACGUCGUCGGAGCCAUUUGGAAAACCAAACCUCGCGCUCGUCGCUCGCUGGCAUUCACCUCCAUCCGUGUUCUGCAAAACACCUGGCCAGGAAGGGGAAAUCCUGCUCAAAAAUCAGCCCUGACACUCAAAAAAGAUGGGAAAGCGUCAGUGAUGGAUGUCGGAGCGAUCCGUGACUCGCGAAUCACAUUUCCACCCUCACGCUCCGUCUUUCUGGGACAGUUUUCCUGUUUUUUGGGAAUGCACAAGGUUUUGUCACUGUCACWCCAUCCCGACAGGAUUCCCAGGCAUCAGGCACAUCCCUCUGAUGAGGGGAGCUCAUCGCAAACGCCACCAAAAAGCCAAAUUUUGGCCGCUGCGCGCUCUUGGCCUCGCUUUGCUCAUCGAUGUGUGUGGUGUAACACAUCUCGCAGGUGGGUUUUUCAGACAAAAAAAAAAAAAGGCAUCCCCCAGUUCCCAUCUCCACCAGGAGAACUYCCCUGGUUGCUCUCCAGCCAGGCUGCAGCACAUUCUUCACUUUGUUGCUGUCUCUCCUAUCUCACACCGGUGCUCUUCACCUCGGAAAAAAUCGGGGAACGCUGAGGCACAGACCAACAUGAGGGGACACCAGAAGCUGUUCUUCAGCUUCCAGGAUAAAUUCCGACCAUUUUCUUCGUGGUAUUUUCAGCUGGGCCUGAGUCCGCCACGAGUGGGAUAAAAGGUCCACAAAAAUGUAGCCAGUCAGCAAAAAACAAAACAAAACAAAAAAAAAAAAGACAAAAUACCUGAUGAUACCGGUUGCUAUGCAAGGUCUCCAGGGGCAAGAGCUGUUUGUUGUGGAAGGCUCUGGCCUGGGGGGCUUUUUUUCUGAGGGCUUAAGUUCUUUCAAAUGCUUCUUUUAGUAAAAUUGCUGCGUGGGAAGGGCUGGUUCUCCUCACACCUCCUGCCUGUGCUGUUCUGGUGAUGAGGAGCCUGCCAGAGACGGCCCUUCCCAAAAAAGAGAUGAGGAUGGCUGGGAAAAGAAAGGGCUGYGUUCUCCUCUCUCUGAGGAAGAUUUGUCAGCUGAAAGGACCCCUGGGGAUUGCUGGUGCUCUGGAAAGCUGGGAGAUUGCGGGACCAUCACGUGGAAAAGAUGGGAUUCCUUGCAGUGCGCCAUGGGGUAGCUGUAUUUAUUUAAUUCCUCCACAAAACCACUCCAUAUGCACUAGGGGAUGAGGCAGGAUCCUUCUCGGCCCAUCARACUCCAGGAGGGGUUGGCCUGAGGGAGGUUUGGAUCUUCCAAACCUGCACAAUCCCCACAAAAAAAAACAACAAGCUGCCAUCCCUCCUCUCCCACUGUCACCGGCCUUUUUUUCCCAAAUCUGUUUUGGGAUAAAGGCACCGGGGAAUUUCACCUGUUGGUUUCAGCCAGGCCAACCCCAAAAAUCCUCUCCGGCGGAUCCUUUGCCUGAACAUUUUCUUCCAUCACCGAGAAGGAGAGGUCACCACCUCUGAUACAGACAGAGCAAUAAACAUUUUAUAAUGUACAAUAAAAGAUUAAAGGCA